AUGCUUCGUCUGGGAUUCUGGGUGGCUACCCUGCUCUGUAUUUUUGGCCCCGGCGUUGUCUACAGUGACUGCUGGCUGAUUGAGGGAGACAAAGGUUAUGUGUGGCUUGCAAUCUGCAGCCAGAACCAGCCUCCCUACGAGACCAUCCCCCAGCACAUCAACAGCACAGUGCAUGACCUGCGGCUGAAUGAGAACAAGCUCAAGGUGGUGCUCUAUUCCUCACUCAACCGCUUUGGGAACUUGACUGACCUCAACCUAACCAAAAAUGAGAUCUCCUACAUCGAGGAUGGCGCCUUCAUGGGCCAGUCCAACCUGCAGGUGCUGCAGCUGGGCUACAACAAGCUCACCAACCUGACAGAGGGUAUGCUGCGGGGCAUGGGCCGCCUCCAGUUCCUCUUCGUGCAGCACAACCUGAUCGAGGUGGUUACCCCCAAUGCCUUCAAUGAAUGUCCCAGCCUCAUCAGCAUUGACCUGUCCUCCAAUCGCCUCAGCCGGCUGGAGGGGAGCACCUUCACCAGCCUGAGCAACCUGAUGGUGUGUGAACUGGCUGGGAACCCAUUCAACUGCGACUGCAACCUUUAUGGCUUCCUCAUGUGGCUGGUGGCCUUCAACAAUGUCACAAAAAACUAUGACCGUCUGCAGUGUGAGACACCCCGGGAGUUUGCUGGCUACCCGCUUCUCAUGCCUCGACCCCACCACAGCCGCAAUGCCAUCACCAUCUUCAAGUCAAUGUGUGGGGAUGGCACUUUCCCUCCCAUCUCCAGGAUCAAACCAACACAGUUGAUCACAGAUCCUCAGAGGGAUCCAGAUGACAAUGCUGAGAACUCAGGCAUCAGCCCCGGGGACUUCCUCUCAGUUGAACCUCCCGCAUCUUCCACCACAGAUUCUUCCUUCAAUCCCAGCAUCAAGCUCCAGCAGGUGACUAUAACUUCAGCUGCCUUGGUGGUGACAAUCCCAUCACCCUUCAGCAAGAUGUACGUGCUGGUUCAGUAUAAUAACAGCUACAUCUCUGAUGUAAUGACUCUGAAGAAAAAGAAGGAGGUCGUCACUCUCACCCACCUAAAGGCUCACACGGAUUAUACCUUCUGUGUGGCUUCUAUUCGCAACUCCAAACGUUAUAAUCACACCUGCCUAUCCUUUGCUACCAGAAGCAAAGGAAGAGAGGAGCCAAUGCCCAGCACCUCCACUACUACCCACUAUAUCAUGACCAUCUUAGGCUGCCUUUUUGGGAUGGUUAUUAUCCUUGGCAUUGUCUACUAUUGUCUGAGAAAGCGUAGGAUGCAAGAGGAGAAGCAAAAAUCCCUCAAUGUCAAGAAAACAAUUUUGGAGAUGCGUUAUGGCUCAGAUAUCGAUACCAGUUCAAUUGUACAUCCCUCUCAGAAGUUGGGAGAGCCCCCUGUCAUCCCUGUUUCACGGAUGUCUUCUCUUCCAUCCAUGAUUGGGGAGAAAAUGCCUUCAUCCAAAUCUAUGGAAGCUGGCAUGGAGACUCCCAAGGUCACCACCAAGGGCAAUUACAUUGAGGUUCGGACAGGUGGUGGGGAUGGGCUGGACAGGUCACAGCGGGAUGAUGACCUGCAUGAACUGGACAAUGGGCAAGGUUCAGCUGCUGAAAUCUCAACAAUUGCCAAGGAAGUGGACAAGGUGAAUCAGAUAAUCAACAACUGCAUUGAUGCUCUCAAACUGGACACGGCCUCUUUCUUGGGGGGAGGGGGUGGUGUUGACUCUGACAUGGCUUAUGAGUGCCAGCCCAUACCGGCUAGCUCCUCAGGUGGGUUGGAACGGCCAAGUUUUCUCUCACCACCCUACAAAGAGAGCUCCCACCAUCCCCUGCAGCGUCAGCUCAGUGCAGAUGCUGCUGUGACCAGGAAAACCUGCAGUGUCUCUUCUAGUGGUUCCAUCAAGAGUGCUAAGGUCUUCAGCCUUGAUGUACCUGACCAUCCACCCUUGAGUAAGGCAGACUCCAAGUACAUUGAGAAAGGAAGCCCACUCAACAGCCCCUUGGAUCGUCUUCCCCUUGUGUCCCCAGGUGCGAUCCACCACCUGGAGGUGAAACCUUCCUACCACUGCAGUGAACACCGGCAUUCCUUCCCAGCUCUCUAUUAUGAGGAGAGUGGUGACACCUUAAGCCAACGGGUGUCCUUCCUUAAACCACUCUCUCGUUCCAAGCGGGACUCCACAUAUUCUCAGCUCUCACCUAGACAUUACUUCUCGGGCUAUUCCUCCAGCCCAGAAUACUCCUCAGAGAGCACCCAUAAGAUCUGGGAACGUUUCCGGCCUUACAAGAAGCACCACCGGGAGGAGGUUUACAUGGCAGCCGGCCAUGCCCUGAGGAAGAAGGUCCAGUUUGCCAAGGAUGAAGAUCUGCACGAUAUCUUGGAUUACUGGAAAGGUGUCUCUGCUCAACAAAAGUUGUGA